AUGCUGCAAUUUCUUCUUAUAAGUCCCUGUUGCUUACAGUAUUGUUGUCUAUUAUCAUUAUUAUCAUUAUUCUCUCAUUUCUCUUCUUUAAGACUUACGAAUUCCUCAAGUCAAGUCACCAGUGUUAUGGCUUCCUUCAUGCGUCUUGUUACUCCACUUGGCGCUGCAGUGGCUUGCAGUCAUCUCCUCAUGGUUGUGUUACCGCUGCUGUUACUUAUUCCUGGUUUAUGUGCUGAUAAAGACUGUAACAGUAGCAGUGUAACGGUGAGGGUGUAUAAUUUGUUGUACAGCUCCGACAUAUCAAAGACAACCUAUGAACCCGUCAUUGCUGGUUUCAAUGCCUCGCUACAUGCGCAUAAUGAUGAUUUGCCGGCAAAUGUGUGCAUAGAGGUCGAACAUGUUCAUGCCAGAAGCGAUGAGGAUUACGUCUCAUAUUUAAAGAAUAAAAUUGAUGGAGACGCUGCUGUACAAAAUAAGAGUGAACUGCCCAUUGUGCUGGGGCCUGUUGGUGAUGAGACUACUCUCCAUCUCACCAGGGAACUUGAGAAGUUUGAAAUAGUGGCCUUUUCUCCCUUUACUGGAUCUUCGGAUGUGCGUGUGUGGAAAAAGAGUCUGUACUUCCUUACGGCAUCGCCUAUUGCACAGGUGCUUGCACUAAUUCGUUAUGCUGUGAGUCAAUUGAGGCUUCAGCGACUGGGUUUUAUGUACCUGAAGGGCGUUUCUUUCGGCGAUAAGGAGUAUAAGCUGACACUUAAGGUAAUGUCGAUUAUGGGCCGUAAAUUGUGCGGUGUUUUCGAAUUAGACAGCUCUACUGAUGGAAGGGCUUCUGAUGAUGAUUUUGAGGCUGCAUGGAAAAGGUUUGCUCCCACGAUGCCACAAGGUGUAAUUGUGUUUGGUUCGCCAAUUGAGGAUACGAAGAGGUUCCUGAUGAAGUUUUUAGGGAGCAAUGAAUUGAGAGGUGCUUACAUAUUAAUUCCUUCUAUGCUUCAAUAUGUUAUUAUAAACAGUUGGAUGAAGGAGUUGGCCGUAAAGAAUUUUGUGCCUGAGAGAGUGAUACUGACGGGUCCGAGUCCACUUGCAAAUGAUAAUGAAUACAUAGCAGUACGGAAGUUUCAGACUGUCAUGGGGAAGUACCUGGAAACAAAUGGGAAACUUAAUGGUCACAAUUAUGAAAAGGGUCACUUUUACGAUCACCGUACUGACGGAGAAUUGAUGGUGCACGGAUGGAUUGUGGGCGAGGUCUUGUGGCGUACACUGGGAAGUCGUGAAUCGCUGAAAAACCGUACAACUUACAUUAACUCUCUGUACAACCAGCGUCGGUAUGUUAUCGAUGAUCUUGUGAUUGGUGAUUUUGGUGGUGAAUGUGAGGGGAAGGCUGGUCAGCGUGGAGCUGCAUGCAAAUGUAAUCAAGGUGGAAAUGUUGUUUACAUGAAGAGGAUGGGAACUGAUCGGAAUCUACAUCCUGUGAAGGAGGGUGUAGUGACUCUCGCUUCAUCACGCUGCUAUACGAAUCUCUUACAACUGUAUGCCCCAUUGAAUGGUAUAAUGUUUCGACUAGAAGACAAUCCAUUGGCGCAGCGGAUUACAGAGGAAUAUCGCGAUGGCGCCUCCCUCGUUGUUGGAAAGGGCCAAUUGGGUCAAGGUGAUCGCUUCUUUUUGCAUGAACUGAAUUCGACAUCGAGUGCAACAAAGCACAACAUGUUAGAGGAGGUUAAAGAGCGUGUUGUGACGGCUGUGUUCGGUGUUGUGGAUGAUGCGCUACUGUCGAUGACAGAUAUGACAUUUAUUGAUCCCAUUCCUCUCAGUCCCAGGUUGAAACACCCCGGAAGGAAUGCGUUGCAUUUGUCUCCAACAAUUGAGCAGCAGAUUUUUGUAAUGGUGGAGCGUGUUGUGGUUCCGAAUUCCUGGGGGAGUGUGCAUGCCAUUGUUCGCAGUAGUGAUGCACGUGGAAUAAAAUCUGUUCUUCGAAAGACUUUUUGGGCACUUGGUGGGUCGCUGGGUGCUUUCGACGAAGUUACCGACGGUGAAAGUGUGAAGAGUUUGUUACCGCAUAGCGGUUUCGUUCUCGUUAUUGGUCUAACUGAAGCUGAUAUUACUGCAAUUGCUGAGCAUCUUGACAAUCACAGGGAAGUGCGUGUAUUUGCGUUAUUCUUCGAUGUGGCACUGCUGUACAGUGAGUUUGUGAAGGUAUUCAAAAAGCAUCCGCAAGCUGCCGAGCGGUUACUAUUCGCAACAAGCCUACCACACUGGGCAGACAACAAUACGACAUCCGAGACGGUUCAGGAAUUUCACAGGGACGUGGGGAAUGAGAGUAAAUGGACUCCACUGGCGCUACUUGGGUACGCGACCGCACGUGCAAUGGAAAGUGUUGUGUUGCAAAUGGGGCGUGUGAACUCAGAAGAGCUUAUCAACACUAUAUUCAGUCAGUCUGUAAUUGUAGCGGAUGACAUGUGGUAUGGACCCUUUGAGGACAGUUGUUCCAAUAGCCGCUGGUCAUCAGCGAAAGACUGCAUUGUGAAUUACGGUGCGACACAUAUUUCCGUGUGGUCCAUGGCUCGUGUGUUGAAUCCUUCCGUACCUCCUGUUCGUGGAGUAGCAACACCAUCAAUACGUUACUACAAAGAUGGAUUGAAUAUGACUGAGGAAGAAUUUAUUGGCACAAUUGUGGGUACCAUUUUGUGUUUGAUAGCACUUGUGCUGAUAGUAAUGCUUAUGCGGAAAUGUAUGCGUGGGGAUACUCGCGAUAACGAGAACGCACCAAGAGAAUUGACAGACCCCGUAACGCUAAUAUUCACUGACAUCGAGAGCAGCACUGCGCAGUGGGCAGCACACCCUGAGCUUAUGCCUGAUGCCGUUGCAACACAUCACCGCCUAAUUCGCACAUUGAUUUCCAAGUAUGGAUGCUAUGAAGUGAAGACUGUUGGAGAUUCUUUUAUGAUUGCAUGCAAGAGCCCUUUCGCUGCUACGCAAUUAGCGUGUGACAUGCAACGAUGCUUUUUAGAACAUGAUUGGAAGACUGAUGUGUUUGAUACGUCUUAUCGUGAGUUUGAGCGGCAGCGUGCGGAAGAUGAUGGGGAUUAUGUUCCACCCACUGGCCAUCUUGACCCUGAUGUUUACAGUCGGUUGUGGAAUGGACUGCGAGUGCGUGUUGGAAUUCACACCGGGUUGUGUGAUAUUCGGCAUGAUGAAGUGACGAAAGGAUAUGACUUUUACGGUCGUACAUCGAAUAUGGCAGCACGGACUGAGAGCAUUGCUAAUGGCGGGCAGGUGCUGUUGACACGUCCGACAUACCUUUCAUUGAGUGCUUCGGAGCGUGAGCAAUUAAAUGUGACUGCAUUGGGUGAUGUGCCAUUGCGUGGUGUACCCAAACCUGUGGAGAUGUACCAAUUGAAUGCGGUACCCGGAAGGACAUUUACUACACUGCGACUUGACCAUGAGGUUGCUGAUGACGAAGAUACGAGUGUUUCUUGCAGUGAUGGGAGUUCCAUUGGUGCAGUUCUCAGUGAUGCCGCUUAUCAGGUUGUUGCUUGCGUUGAAGCACUACUUGGUGCAUUCCCCACUGCGCAGCGUAAGAAAUUACUUAUGCCAUUUUGUAACCGAUGGGGAGUUUCGUUACCUUAUAAUGUUUCUGAUACGUGGGAUGCAACCACGUGCCGUAAUGUUACUCGCCUGCUUGCCGCGAGGGUUGGUCGUGUUGUGGAUUUUGGGACGAAGAAUACUCAUGACAGUGUACAAUUCUCUGAAAGACGCUCGGGAACUUUUCCGUCCAGGUUAGCUGCCGCUGUUGAUCUUGUAAGCAUCCCUUCAACUUCUACCUGUAUUCAAUCCAGCUGCAGUAUUAUAUAUAUGAAUGUGCCAGAUGAUGAUGAUACCAGCAAAUAUUCCCCUAAGCAUUGA